UUUUAUUUGCUUCUUCUAAUUCAUUUAUUAAUUUUUUUCCCUAUUGUGUUUCUGGAAACUGUGUAUUCCACCACCUCCAAGCUUCUGACACAACAGAUACGUGGCUUCUUCCCUUUUCUUUUCUUCUGCAUCUCCUUGCUUACUCACCCUCAAUUGUAUCUCUUCCCACCGUCAUUGUUUCGUAGAGCUUCCACCGCUUCUUUUUCCUUCUGCAUCCCUUCAAUGCGAUUCUUACCCUUUUCGUUUUAAUUUUGUAAAUCAUCUGUCGAUGUACUCCACCGCCUGGCUACAUAACCAAUUGUUUUGGGCCAACCCGCUAUUAUAUGACCAUUUUGUUAGUGAAGAUCUUCAUAUUGCCCCCACGUAUCUUCCGCCGCCUCAACCGCCACCUCUUCACCUCUCUUGUAUCUAUUUCAGCUCCAUCCUGCCACUUUUCUAAACCGAUUGAAUGAUAAUCUCCUUUCGCUCUAAGGUUUAUUACCCCUCUGUUGUUAACAAUUGUCGUUCCAAUCCACCUUCACUUAUCGUCUUCUUCACCAUCCUUCUUCACCUUCUACUCUGCCAUCACAACAUCCACAAGGACUCGACCAACAGGGUUUAACUCAUCGGGCUUGGUUUAUUCUACUACCUCGACGACUGAAGUAUCAGAGUACAAAGCGAGAGGGCGAUUCGUUGGAAAGGAGGGUCGACUAAGAGGAACUGAUGCCUUUUUUGGGUGAUGUAACGUGCUUCCGGACUUCACAUUCGUUUUCUAUCGAGCUAAGUGUUCUUUGGAUUACAAAUCUACAUUUUUAUUUGAUUUUAGGGCUUUUUUUAGUUCUACUACUAAAAGAAAAGAGGCGGAGCCAUUCACUAAAUCAAUUCAUCACAUGUUUCUUUUCCAAUCUGUAUGAAGCUCUAAUUGAAAUACAUGUGCUUUUGUAGGUGAUUUAUGUUUUGAUUUCUAAUUUCACAGUUAGUAAUCCCAUUUGAUUCGUCUUUCAUCCACAUAUACGCAAUUUUCACCAAUUCAUUAAUUGGUCAAACAUGAUACAGUUUCACUUCAAAUUUGAUCAUUUUUCUAAGCAGGUGUUCCUGUCAUUCGUUUGGCUACUGGAGAAUCUGAUUUUCACACCCCGCCUAUUAUCGCUGACGUACCUGCUGAUUUCAAGAGCUACAAAAAAUGCAAUUCCUGAAGGUUACACAAGGUAUACAUCUAAUGCAGGUACCCAUGAACUACAAACAGCAAUAUGCAAGAAAUUGAAGGAGGAGAAUCAUAUUCCUUAUACACCUUAUGAAAUUGUGGUUAGUCAUGGGGCAAGACAGAGUUUACUACAAGCAUUUCUUGCUAUUUGUUCCCUAGGAGACGAGGUUAUAAUUCCAGCUCCAUUUUUGGUGAUCUACAAAAGACUUCUAUUGCUAUGAGAGAUUAUGCUCAUUAAGCCAGCAUGGUAUCGUCUGCUUUUGAAUCACAUUCCUCUCAAUUUUGAGUGUGGUUCCAUGCUUGAAGAGAAGUUGAAAAGUGAGAACAAAGCUAUCAAGGAUUUUGGUAUUUUGAUCAUUUGGAAUUUUAGAUGUCGAGUGGGGGAUAACAGGUGCUAAUUAGGAGAAAUGUACGUGAGACUGUUGUCCAUUAAAGGAGGACUAUUGUUAGGAAUAGUAAACUUGGGCUCUUUUUUAUAGGAAUGGUCCAUUGUUUUUGGGUGUAUUUUUAUGUUUUGGUUCUUUUUCUAUUCUCGGUAGCAUUUUUUGUUUCUUUAAAACUUUUAUUCCACGUGUUUGCCUGUUAUUUUGCUCA